GGAGCCCAAGCCCCGGGAUUCCCAGCUACUCCUGUUCUCUGAGCAGGACUGAGCACAGACGACUCACCAUGGAGCUGGGGAUGCGCUGGGUGGUCCUGGCUGCUCUUCUACAAGGUGUCCAGGCUGAGGUGCAGCUGGUGGAGUCUGGGGGAGGCUUGGUGCAGCCUGGGGGGUCUCUGAGACUCUCCUGUGCAGCCUCUGGAUUCACCUUCAGUAGCUACUACAUGAGCUGGGUCCGCCAGGCUCCAGGGAAGGGGCUGGAGUGGGUGUCCGGUAUUUAUAGUGAUGGUAGUAACACAUACUAUGCAGACUCCGUGAAGGGCCGAUUCACCAUCUCCAGAGACAAUGCCAAGAACACGGUGUAUCUGCAAAUGAACAGCCUGAAACCUGAGGACACGGCCGUGUAUUACUGCGCCACAGACACAUUGAGGGGAAGUCAUUGUGGGGGCUCCUGGCUGAAGUCCUGCAUGAGAAGCCCAGUGAGCCUGGCAGCCCCCCAGGACCACAAGCGGGUCACAGGGAAGGACGCCAGUGAGAGGGGACGGGAUGUCUUUGUGUUUGCUGGUGUCCAGGCUCAGGUGCAGCUGGUGGAGUCUGGGGGAGGCUUGGUGCAGCCUGGGGGGUCUCUGAGACUCUCCUGUGCAGCCUCUGGAUUCACCUUCAGUAGCUACUACAUGAGCUGGGUCCGCCAGGCUCCAGGGAAGGGGCUGGAGUGGGUGUCCGGUAUUUAUAGUGACGGUAGCACAUACUAUGGAGACUCGGUGAAGGGCCGAUUCACCAUCUCCAGAGACAACGCCAAGAACAUGCUGUAUCUGCAAAUGAACAGCCUGAAAACUGAGGACACGGCCGUGUAUUACUGUGCAGGAGACACAGUGAGGGGAAGCUGCUGUGAGCCCAGACACAAACCUCACUGCAGGGUCACAAGGUGGGUGCCGGGGGCACACAUGACCCACCAGGGGGCGCACCUGAUCCACCAGGUUCAGAGGCUUGAGGAGCCAAAAAGCCCGGAAGACAGGCUUAAAGAGCAGGUCAAAGAAAUCAUCGUCCUCUCUCCUGGUGGAAGUGUCCCUCCCUCGGGGACCAAGGCCAUAGGCCAGUAG